CCGGCUGCGGCAGUCGACGCACCACGUCAUCACCAGCACCGCUCACCGCUCACCGCUCACCGCUCACCAUGAAGCUCGCUCUCGCUCUCUGUGCCGCUUUCCUCCUCGUCGUACUGGUCCAGGCCGAACAGGAAUGUACACCUGGCCAGACGAAGAAACAAGACUGCAACACAUGCAAUUGUACCCCUACUGGAGUUUGGGCCUGUACUCGCAAGGGCUGCCCGCCCCAUAAGAGAGAGGUCACCUGCGAGCCGGGCACAACGUUCAAGGACAAAUGCAACACGUGUCGCUGUGGAAGUGACGGAAAAUCGGCAGCGUGCACCCUCAAGGCCUGCCCCCAGAAAUGAAUAGAGAAAAAGGGGUUCCUUCCGAGUCUAGACUAAUGCUGAAGAAUGUCAGCUGUUAACAACACCUGUACUGGCUGCAUCGACGUACGCCUUCCACUUCUCGAGGCCAAUUCAGGCUGUCCUGCAUCUUCCGUGCAGUCCUUCUGCACCAAAAACAUUUUUUAGAUUUGAAAUUUUUCUGCAUUUUUUGUACAUAAUAAAAAAACUCAAAAAUCUA